GUUUAGGCUUGACAGGUUUUAGGAGAGCCAAGGUUUAAUAAAUCCUGUUAUGAGAAGAAGCGAGCAAUAAGGGGAACCUCAAUCUAAAUCUCCUGCGAAUUACUAAAGCCUCCUCUUCAAUUCUUUCUUACGAUUCUUUGAUUAAUGGCAGCAAGGAAACUAUUGAGAGAUUUUUGGUAUCAAAGAGUUAUUUCAUCUACUCUCGGACGCACCAGGCAUUCUUUUUCUACUUCUUCUUCUGCUUCUGCUGCUCCUACCGCCUCUAAAAUCCCUCACUCUUCCAAAAAAGGGAGAUUAUUGACAGGAGCCACCCUAGGUCUAGUCAUAGCUGGAGGAGCUUAUGUGAGUACUGUGGAUGAAGCAACUUUCUGUGGCUGGCUAUUUCAAGCAACAAGACUUGUCAAUCCAUUCUUUGCUCUUCUGGAUGCUGAGUUUGCUCAUACAUUAGCUGUCUCAGCCGCUGCUCGUGGUUGGGUUCCAAGGGAGAAGAGACCUGAUCCAUCAAUUUUGGGGCUCGAAGUCUGGGGAAGGAAGUUCUCAAAUCCUGUAGGUCUUGCUGCUGGUUUUGAUAAAAAUGCUGAAGCCAUCGAAGGAUUACUGGGCUUGGGUUUUGGUUUUGUGGAGGUUGGUUCUGUAACCCCUAUUCCACAAGAGGGUAAUCCAAAGCCACGUAUCUUCAGAUUGCGUCCAGAGGGUGCUAUCAUCAAUAGAUGUGGCUUUAAUAGUGAAGGAAUUGUUGCUGUUGCAAAGCGUUUGGGUGCCCAGCAUGGUAAGAGGAAGUUGGAUGAAACUUCAGGCACUUCAUCUACCUCCAGUGAUGAUGUCAAAUAUGGAGGUAAAGCUGGUCCUGGUAUUCUUGGAGUCAAUCUUGGAAAGAAUAAGACAAGUGAAGAUGCUGCUUCAGAUUAUGUACAAGGGGUUCAUUCAUUGUCCCAGUAUGCCGAUUACUUGGUUAUUAAUGUUUCAUCACCCAAUACUCCAGGAUUGCGUAUGCUUCAGGGAAGAAAGCAAUUAAAGGACCUUGUGAAGAAGAUUCAAGCUGCUCGUGAUGAAAUGCAAUGGGGUGAGGAGGGUCCACCUCCAUUACUUGUGAAAAUUGCUCCAGACUUAUCUAAGGAAGACCUUGAAGAUAUUGCGGCAGUUGCUCUUGCACUCCGCCUGGAUGGAUUGAUUAUAUCAAAUACAACCGUCUCAAGACCAGAUCCUGCAAGUCAAAACCCUGUUGCCAAGGAAACUGGUGGAUUAAGUGGGAAACCACUUUUUAAUUUAUCAACCAAUAUCUUGAAGGAGAUGUAUCUCUUGACGAGGGGAAAGAUUCCUCUUAUCGGUUGUGGAGGUAUUAGCAGUGGUGAGGAUGCUUACCAAAAAAUAAGAGCUGGAGCAACUCUUGUUCAGCUUUAUACUGGCUUUGCUUAUGGGGGACCUGCUCUUAUUCCUCAAAUAAAGGUCGAACUGGCCCAAUGCCUAGAAAGGGAUGGUUUCAAAUCUAUCGUUGAAGCAGUCGGUGCAGAUUAUAGAUGAUUUUGUUUAGUUUUACAGAGAAUGAAAAUGGAGUCCAGCUUUUUGAUGUGCAACGACCUCAAUGUACAAGUAGAUUCUGUAUCUAAUUGACUAAUUGAUUUAUUGAGCAAUAUUUAUACCUUACAUGGUUAAUGUAUUUUACUUUCCAAAUUUUUUUUACUUUUUUUUUACCCCCAGUUUUUUCCUGAAGUUGGGGUAGAAAUGUUUUGACUUGUAAAACAUGAGAAAUUGUGAAAUAAUUUGA